CCGAAAUGGCCCCAAAGCCCGCUCAAAGAACCAUACGCCUCUUCAUCACCGAGCUCCACCCGAGUAUCAAUUACACCUACCUCAAAGUAGUGGAAUGGUUCAAUGUCACUAUCUCAACUGAGAAAUGCACAUCUUGGGGGUGCGGUACAGCUCGGGAGGAUAUCUUCGACAUGCAUCGCGGAAAACACCGGAAUUGGCUCCAUGGGAUGCGUUUAUCAUAAAAGAUAUUGACGUGAGUCUCAAGUACAAAGUUAGCGAAAAGGAUGAGGAGGGAUACAGUGAGAAAUGAAAUUAGCUGUUUGGGUGAUGGACAUUCGGGCCCUGGAUGCGUGCGUUCCGGCUGCGGCUGUGUGGUUUCGGUACGGUAGCGAGGAAACGUGUGAGCUGGAGGAGUCAAUGGACUGGGAGUUUUCCCCCAUGUGGAGCGGAAGGGAGAGUCGGUCGAGGCACGGUGGUUGGUUUGGAAGGGGAGGUGCAGAUGUUUUUAUUGUGUAGCAGCUUGGAGGACGAGGAGAAUUCUGCAGAGAAUGGUGAGUCUGUUGAGCAAGGACGAAGAAAGCUAGCAAGAGCUCGGUUGAAAAACUGCGGGGAAGUUUGAGGACGGCGAUAGGGACGCUU